AUGGAAACAGCCAGCAAUACUCGAAUUACACUGAAAUUUCCACCCCUUGACAAAGGUCAGAAGGUGAAAAAUUAUGAUCAUCCUGAAGUUCUGCGUGACACCUUUGAGACUCUAUCUAACCUCCACAAGCUGCUGCCAAGUCGUCUGAUGGAGACGCUCUACUCCCUCAAAAGUGAAGAGGACAAAAGAAAAUGUCAAAAUUCUGAACUCUCCGGCUUAGAAAGAAUCUUAGCAAGACAGCAGUUGCUGGAAGAGAUUAAUCUGACACCAAAGCCAAGCAGUACACUCAUAUGGAAAAGAAAACUCAACAGCAAUGAAAAUAAUGGGUGGAAGAGAUGCCACUUGUGGAAGAAAACCAUAAAGGAGCCUCUCAUGUCAACUAUAGUUGUAAGAUGGCUGAAGAAAAACCUGCAGCCCACGGAGGAUCUCCAAUCGGUCAUCCAGAGGCUGUCUGUGUUUGGCCCCAUCCAGUCAUUCACCCUUUGUGGACGACAAAGUGCUAUUGUGGUGUUUAAAGAUAUGACCUCUGCGUGCAAUGCUGUGAAUGCUUUUCAAAGCAGGAGCCCAGGCACACCAUUUCAUUGUUCCUGGCAUCAGCGAUUCAUGUCAAAAGAUGUAAGACUCCUAUGUAAACCCUUCAAGCGUAGUCUACAUAAUUAUUUUCCCCAUCAGGGCUCUAGUUAAAUAUAAUCGUCAUAAGAGCUAUAUUAGUACUGAAAAGAGGCACAAUGGAAGUUUAUUGAGUUCAAGUAUUAGAAAUCAGAAGUACUAUCACACCCCUUCUUUUGAUGUACUUGACUUGGUUUUAACAGUCAU